UAGUUUUAGGUUUUGGACGUUUAUGAAAGCUAGUAGGGCAUGAAGUGAGCUCAAGGUGUUAUUGUGUUGUUGAAUUUGCUUCAGUGUGCUUACUGAGAUGGCGCAAUUUUCGAAAGACGCGGUAUGGUAUGGUCCGCCCGUGAUACACUUCAGUCGCGUUGGUGGCUGUAUGCGAUUUGACGUAUUCCGCGCGCGGGGAUGACAUUUGUCAGCUUAAUUUAUGAAAUGUCAAACAUUUUACGUGUAAUGCGCGAGUGAACUGUGAACGGUAAACAAAUUAACAGUGAUAUUGAUGCAGUGAUUUUUUUGAAGGGAGACAUGGACUGUUAUUACUCUAAAUUUUAUCCAAGGCGUAAGUGACAAAUGGAAAGUUUACUACGGUGAUCGGUUCACUCAUGAUGCAUCCAGCUGGAUACUACGCUAAUCUCGCGAGCGGCGCGCUCGCGGCCGGCACCAUUGCGUCCCCCUGGAGCACGGCGGCCGGCGCGCCCGACACCAAUGGAUCGGGCGGCGCCGAUGCCAAGCACCUCGACGUGGGAGAGGCCAGCGACGAUGAGAAGGACAUGUCGGCAACGGACGCUGAGGGCGUAUGGAGUCCGGACAUCGAACAGAGCUUCCAAGAGGCGCUGGCGAUCUACCCUCCGUGUGGGCGGCGGAAGAUCAUCCUCUCCGACGAGGGCAAGAUGUACGGAAGAAACGAACUUAUAGCAAGAUAUAUAAAAUUAAGGACGGGAAAGACGCGCACAAGGAAACAAGUCUCAUCCCACAUACAGGUGCUGGCUAGGCGGAAACUGCGCGAAAUUCAGGCCAAACUCAAAGUGGACGGUGGGGUGAUGAAAGAGAAGGCGAUGCAGUCUAUGAGCACACUGUCUAGUGCGCAGAUAGUGGCGGGAUUGCCGCACCCGGCGUACCACCACACGCAAUUUUGGCAACCAGGUCUACAAGCAGGCACGUCACAAGAUGUGAAGCCAUUCCCAGCAACGGGGUACAAAGGCGUCCCCGGCGUACCAGGGGUGGGCGUACCGGGCGGUACGGACGUAGCGCCGCCACCGCCAUGGGAGGGCCGAGCGAUCGCCACGCACAAACUAAGGCUCGUCGAGUUCUCAGCCUUCGUGGAACACCCCAGAGAUCCAGAUACAUAUCCACCGAGCACAGCGCCGGCGCAACAUUUAUUCGUUCAUAUAGGUGGUACUGUAACAUACGCAGAUCCUUUAUUAGAGUCAGUAGAGGUACAGCAGAUAAACGACAAAUUCCCAGAGAAGAAAGGCGGUUUGAAAGAGCUUUACGAGAAGGGACCACGGAACGCGUUCUUCCUCGUCAAGUUCUGGGCGGACCUUAACACAAACAACCUCGAUGAUCCCGGGGCCUUCUACGGAGUCACGAGUGUCUACGAGAGCAAUGAGAACAUGACGAUAACGUGUAGCACAAAAGUGUGCUCAUUUGGUAAACAAGUGGUGGAAAAGGUUGAAACGGAGUACGCUCGGUUCGAGGGCGGCCGCUUCGUGUACCGCAUCCAACGCUCGCCGAUGUGUGAAUACAUGGUCAACUUCAUACACAAACUCAAACACCUCCCCGAGAAGUAUAUGAUGAAUAGUGUAUUGGAAAACUUCACCAUACUGCAGGUGGUGUCAAACAGAGAUACUCAAGAGACGCUUCUAUGUGCGGCUUUCGUAUUCGAAGUGUCGAACAGUGAGCACGGAGCGCAGCAUCACAUCUAUCGCCUCGUCAAAGACUGAACACCGCCCACCCCACCCGCAUCUACCCCCCACUCAUUCCUGUGAAGCCUACGGGAACAUGCAUGUUAGCAGUUUGCUAUUAACUCCCUAUUAUUUGUAUAGUACUCGCAAAAUAAAGAAUUAGUCCAAUCUGAAGUUGCAACAAGGCGGUAUACGCGAUCGGCGGUUCGAACAUGUGAUACUUCAGAUAAUGCCCAAGGCCUCCCUGAGAUCCGAUACAAUGCGCAGUCAUAGGCCUCAAGUUCAGAGUGGACUAAUUGUUUUGCAAUCACUGUAUUGGUUACACGUUCUGAUUUACGGAUACCUUCCUUCCUAACACCCUUCGGAUUAUUAUUUCCAAAAACAUCGUAUAGUGUUUUCAAAGGCGUGUGAAGUGUGGCCGUAAUCACACAUUACGGCCUUAACCCUUAUCAUUUGUGGGAGGAGACCCGUACCCUGUAUUGGGCUAGUUCUGAUAUGGGAAUCCCAUAAAAAAAAAUACGCUUUAUACGCUCAUACGCUUAAUCAAUUAAUGUAAAAGAUAAACUAUAAAAAAAAUCUUAACAUCAUAUUGUUUUGCUACUCUCAGAAUUUUUAUGUUCUCAUCACGACUAAGCUAAGCUAGUGGGAAGUAGAUUGUAUUUUGAAAAAGUUUUACGGAUACGUGGACAUUUUAUUUCUUAAUUACUAAAAAAAAUAUUUGAGUACGUAAAUCGGAACGUGUAUCGCUUCACGACAGAAAUUUCUGACUAUUAAAAAUCGUGGACCUAUUUUUUUUUUACUAAAAUAUAUUUCUAUUUAGGUCUUUGCAAUAAAAAGGGUGUCGUGUUCACCUGACACGUGUAUCAAAAUUAAGAAAUCGUUAUACAUAUUAUUAUUAUAUUGAUGCGAAUCAUAGCAAAAAAAAUGUGAUCUGAAAAAUUACGCUACAAGUAUUUUUGUAAAUGAAAAUUUAUGUAUAGCUCAAUUUUUAUCUAUCAUAGAGUUAUAUUAUUAUUUAUUCCCAAAUGAAAAGGAAUACUAUAGCAUUCUAGAUUUGACUCAAUAUUUAUAUUUUUUAACUUUUUCGGUUGUAAAAUGUUUUUCGUCCAUUAAUUUUCACGGUAUAACGUUCAGUACCUUUGCCCUAAAUGAGUGUAUAAAUAUCAAGUUAAGUGAAAAAAAAAAUAUUAAAUUGAAUACACACAGUGCCUCUAUAAUUAUGUUACAUUAACAUAAAUGAGCAUGUUUGGUCUUUUCACUGUGAAAUAUUAAGGGAAUUGUCUAAAUGUAGUUUUAAAGACAGUGAAAAGACUAAAUCUUUAGUGUAGGAUACAGUGAGUAGUUUGUUUAAGUAAAUAUAGGGUUGUUAAGAUGUCUAGUGAAUUUUACGAUUCUGAGUACUUGUGGUACAGUUUUAUUCAUUGCUUUUUUAUCAACGAAAAUUCGAUAACAUUACCUGUUAUUUUUUUUUUUAUAAAAAAAUCCUCCAUUUUUAUGGUAGCAUUAAUUUUGUAUAGUCAUCAAAAAUAAGAUUUUUUUAUCUUAGUUUCGAACAGAUACAGGUGUCAAAUAAUCUACACAAAGUUUGUUUAUGCGUGACAACUUUAAGUUUAUCAAAAAAUUCUACUUGUAUUAUAAUUGUUACGCUUUCAUUCGACCGUACAAUGUUUAACAUUUACGUUUACGUAAUUUUUCAUGGCAUUCAAAAUGUAUCAGAAAUAUGUGAUACUUUCUACUCAAAAUUUGUGUCCUUACACCACUCUAAUCACACCCCAAAUUUAAUGUCGUUUUGUAUUCUUGUGGUUUGUUAUUUUUCAAACUAGGUAAUAAAUCUUUGCCACUUUGCAAAAAUCUAUUUGUACAUAAUAUACAAUGCACACACAUGCUUAUGUUUUCAUGUGUCAAUAUGUAAGGUAAAAUUGUAUCAUACAUACGGAAUAUCAAUAAAUAAUCUAACAAUCAUACAAAAACACUGUACAGGUAAACUAUGUAACAUGGAUAAAAUGCCCACGAUUUUUUGGAUUGAAUUUUUACGAUCUCUCUGUUAAGAUAAGUAACGAUGAUUAGUGAUUUUACUUGAAAUUCUCUUUUUAUUUCGAGUUUUCAUAGCUUUUAUAGAAUGUCGUUUUAAGGAAGUUUUUUUUUUCUUUUUGUCUAUUUACACCAUAGCGUCCUUUUUUCUAUGUUUUUAAGUCGGCAGCUUAUACCCACUUCCAAAGUAUUAUUAAUAAUUAUUUCAUUUGAUGUGCCUACCUACCACUCCUUUACCACUUCCCAAUCGCAAUUUCAACUAUGACUUUGAAACAAAUUUUGUUUUCUAUCAUUCUCACAAAAGUUUCAUUUUGAAAACAUUUUUAUAGUAUUUUUGGCGACCUCCCUGGCGAAACGGUGAGCGCUGUGUAUUCAAGCUAUACGGAGUCCCGGGUUCGCUUUCCGGCAGGGGCAAUUAGGGAAUCCAUAAUAUCAGAAUUUUCUCUGGUCUGGUCUGGUGGGAGGUUUUGGCCGUGGCUAGU